UUCACAGCAACAUGGAUGGAGCUUGAAGGGAUUGUGCUCAGUGAAAUAAGUCAGAAGGCUUCAUUGCUCCGAUUUCAGAGUACAUUGGUAAUAGCUGAGCAUGCAAAUGAUGCCCUAGCGCCCAUUACAUUAAAUACCAUCACUGCAGCCAAACGUCUUGGAGGUGAAGUGUCCUGCCUGGUAGCUGGAACCAAAUGUGACAAGGUGGCACAAGAUCUCUGCAAAGUAGCGGGUGUAGCAAAAGUUCUGGUGGCUCAGCAUGAUGCGUACAAAGGCCUCCUUCCAGAGGAACUGACGCCAUUGAUUUUGGAAACUCAGAAGCAAUUCAAUUACACACACAUCUGUGCUGGAGCAUCUGCUUUUGGAAAGAACCUUUUGCCGAGAAUAGCAGCCAAACUUGAUGUUGCCCCAAUUUCUGACAUCAUUGCAAUCAAGUCACCUGACACAUUUGUGAGAACUAUUUAUGCAGGAAAUGCUUUAUGUACAGUGAAGUGUGAUGAGAAAGUUAAGGUGUUUUCUGUCCGAGGAACAUCUUUUGAAGCUGCAGCAACAAGUGGUGGUAGUGCCAGCUCAGAAAAAGCAUCAAGUAUUUCCCCAGCGGGGAUAUCAGAGUGGCUUGACCAGAAAUUAACAAAAAGUGAUCGGCCAGAGCUAACUGGUGCCAAAGUAGUGGUAUCUGGUGGUCGGGGUUUGAAGAGCGGAGAGAAUUUUAAGUUGUUAUAUGACUUGGCAGAUCAGCUACAUGCUGCAGUUGGUGCUUCCCGGGCUGCAGUUGAUGCUGGCUUUGUUCCCAAUGAUAUGCAAGUUGGACAGACAGGAAAAAUUGUAGCACCAGAACUUUAUAUUGCCGUGGGAAUAUCUGGAGCCAUCCAACAUUUAGCUGGGAUGAAGGACAGCAAGACGAUUGUGGCUAUCAACAAAGACCCAGAAGCACCAAUUUUCCAAGUGGCAGAUUAUGGAAUAGUUGCAGAUUUAUUUAAGGUAGUUCCUGAGAUGACUGAGCUGUUGAAGAAAAAAUGAGUCAGAAAUGUCUUAAGAAGGAAAAUUAUGUCAGCAGAAAUCAAAGACAUUUGUGGAUGUUAUAAUCAUUGGAAAGCAUGGAGAGCUACUUUCAAUUUGAGGAAAAAUUUUAACAUGAUUAAAAAGCUUUUUUAUGGGGCUAUUAUGUUUCCUUUGAAUUAUUUGUUUCCAAACAAUUAUUUUUUGAAAUUUACUAAUUCUUUAAUAAACAUAAUAAAGCCUUUCCACAGCCUUAAAACU